GUGCUCGUGAAUGAAACCCGACGUUGCGCUCGCCGUCGGUGGCAGCCACUCUUUUCUCCCUCCUCCUCGUUUCCACCAUGUUCAGAUCCACUGCCGCCGCUCCUGGCACAUUUCCCACAACCUCAUCCGCCAAACCUAGCCAAGCGCAAAUGGCGGCAGGCCCACCGCCAUUGUUGGAUUUACCAAGUCUUCAGAGUGCUAGCAGGGUGCUUCAUGACCAAUUUGUCAAGGAUGCUCAGUCCGUACCGGAGCUAGGGGACAUGCUUACGGGCUCUGGCCUCCAGUCAUCGGCAGCAUAUAGCGUCUACCCUGAUGAUUUCAAGGUCCCUUUCCAGAAGCGACGGCUGGUUCCAAUACCAGAAUCUCUAUUCCAGCACUACAAUACCACACAUGUCGCCACGCACAUGGGUCUAAUGCCUGAAAUUGACCGGGUGUGGAUAUCCAUUGAUCACAAUCUUUUCCUUUGGGAUUAUAUCGAAGGUCAAGAGCUGAGCUCAUAUUCUGAUCAACCCGACGUGAUAACCCAUGUCGCGCUCGUCAAGCCAAAGGCCAAUGUAUUCAUCGACGAGAUUACAUCGUUACUGGUCCUAUGUACGCCCAUUUCGGUGGUCCUUCUCGGUGUUUCCGUCACGAAUAUUCCUGGGCCAAGUCACCGCCGCCGCAAGGAAAUCAAGUUUUACGCCACAGAUAUGUCAGUUUCCACGGAGGUCGAAAUGACGUCUGUCGCUGGCACGAAUGACGGCCGCAUAUUUAUGUCUGGUCUGCAGGACGGCAAUCUCUAUGAACUACAUUAUCAAGAAAAGGAAGGGUGGUUUGGGAAGCGAGUACAACUAAUCAACCACUCAGUUGGAGGUGUUCAAAGCCUCAUUCCUCGACUUGGUUCCACCAAAGCAGAAGACCGGAUUAUCUCUGUGGUGUCGGAUCUUCACAGGAACUGUUUCUACACUUUGACUGCAAAAAAUGCGAUUUCUUUGUACCGGACGCACGGUGACAAAGCAGUCCAGCACAUACAGACGUUAUCAAAUCUAUACAAGGCGGCCCAAGACAAGGCACCCGGCUCUCCUGCUCUGACACCCAACACGUUUUCCAUAAUUUCCCUCCAUGUCAUAGAACCAGGCCGGUCACAGUCACAGUACGGUGUACAGCUCAUGGCGAUUACUGCGAAUGGGGUCCGUUUGUUCUUCGGCGGUAGUAUGGCAGGGUCUUAUCGGCAGCUACAACUGUUGCACGUCCGGUUACCACCACCGAAUCUGAUACAUCCUGACGAGCAAGCGAGUCGGAUCCGUACUCAACAAGCUACUGGUUAUAGUCUAGCUCACCAGCAACAACAACCAACUUCUCGGCCUUACAUAGUUUCGGGGCUGGACAUUUCCUGCUAUGAUGCUGGCUCGACUGUCGCUGCCCAGCCUAGCGAUAUCAGUGAAACAGACUUCCUCCUUUGCUUGGCUCCAGAUCUCACUAGGAUUGGCUCCCUGGGGCAAAUUCACGGUCCUCAACUCCAGCAAGCAGCAUAUUCAGGCAUGUACGGUGCUUCGCAGGGCCCCAGUCGACCAAUCCUCACCGAACAUGCUACCUUAAUUCCGAUCCCUGGCCGUACGUGGGCAAUGGCCCCCGCUCCGAGACCACCACUUGCAGCUGCAGCUGUUACACCGCCCGAUUGCCCCGCGCCUGUCAUUAUCAACGAGCUUGCAACCCAAUUCUCUGAACCCGUGCGACAAUUUAUGAUAUUGACGAAUGCUGGGUUGACCUUCAUGGUUAAACGACGAGCCCUAGAUUAUCUGAAAGACGUGAUCGAGGAUUUCCAAGCUGAGCGUAACCCUCAACGCCUCAUCGAAUUCCGUGACAGCUUCGGUCGCGACCAGACUUGUGCGAUGUUGCUUGCUAUUGCAAGUGGCAACACGUUCCUAGACGUUGGGGAACAAGUAGGCUUAAGUUCCAGCACUGUAAGUCCUGAAGUAGCGGCAGUCGCACGACAAGCAUUCUACGAUUUCGGAGAAAGACCUAUAUGGGCUGAGAGGAUGACAUACGGUACCAGUGAAGGCUCAGGUUCUGCCACCUUCAGUGGUCGUCGAGAGGGAUUAGCCUUGUAUUUCGCUCGCCUUGUGCGUCCUAUAUGGAAAGCGAAGCUGGUAAAACCUGGCUCUCUGGGUCAACAAGAACCUAAUAUCCUGGAUGAUGUAUUGGUUGUUGUGCAAAAGAAUCUCUCUGCUCUCAAAGAGCUUCUUGACCGGAAUCCGGCGAUAUUCAAUUCCGCUACUGGUGAUCAUACUGGUGCCCGCUCUGCUGCGUUUAGCGAACAGGAAGCAUGGAAGGCAAAGCAGGCCUCCGUGGGUCAAUUGAUGGCUUUGUUAGCCCGAACGAUAGAAGCUAUCUUCUUCUUUCUUCUACUUACUGAUUACAAAAUUGGGGAUCUGAUUUCACAAUGUGAUGCUGAGACCCAGAAGACGUUGCAAACUCUGACAUUCGAACAACUUGUCACUGAACAGAUUGGUGUCGCGGCUUCUCGUGCGCUGGUGAAUGUGGUCAUCAACCAACAGAUUGGCCAGCAGAUCAGCGUCGACACCAUCAGCUCCAUCCUACAAGAACGAUGCGGAACAUUCUGUAGCACGGACGACGUCAUGUUGUACAAGGCUCGGGAGAACGUGCGGAAAGCCGCAGAAUCAAGAAAUCCUGUGGAGAGGCAGAACUGCCUGUCAGAGUCUUUGCAGAUGUUCACCAAAGGUGCUCGAAUACUGGAAUUUGAGAAGCUGCAAGAGAUUGCGGGUGACUAUCAGCAACUUAACUAUGCCAAAGGUGCCAUGGAGCUGCCGUUGCAUUGUGCACAGAUAUUCGACAGCGAUAAUCAAGGUCGAGACUUCUGGUACGCCGGUUGUCCAGCCAAUGAUCCACGUACAGACUUCUGGCAGAAGCGGAAACAUUGUUACGAUCUCGUCCUCGACUCCCUGUCAGUGUUCGAAAAACGAUGCGAGAGUACUAAACAACCUGGAACUGUUGCGUCGGUAUAUGACGACCCAGAAACUGUUCGAAGUCAUGCAUAUGAGCUUGCUUUUGCUUCAGAUGACGAAAUAUUCCACUCGACACUGUAUGACUGGCUAAUUGAUCGGGGUUUGGCUGACGAACUUCUGGAGAUGCGACCUCAGUAUCUUGAGGCACACCUACGCCGAGAACCUAUCAGCGUGCAGAAGUACCAGUUGCUCUGGCAGUUUUAUGUUAAGGACGGACAGCCCUUAAGGGCAGCCGAAGUCUUGGGUGCAUUAGCUGAAGCUACAGAGUUUGAUCUUUCGCUCGAGUCUCGCCUCGAAUACUUGACUCUUGCCGUUGCAAACGCCAAGUCACAUCCAGUGGCUGUGGGUGGCAGACACGAGACUGCACUCGCCUUCCUUACGGAGCUGGAGGAGAAGCUCGAAGUGGCUCAAGUACAACUCGAAUUAUACCACGCCGUUCAACACAAGGCUAAAGAACCUGGAGAAGUUGGUGCAAAAAUCAAAGUGUUGUCCAAGGGCUUGCUGAAUGUCACUGAGAUGUAUCAAUUAUAUGCCGAGCCAUUUGACCUGCCCAUUGUCAAGCUUUCCAUAUUGCACGUGUCUCAACACCGCGACGAGAACAUUGUUCGUCCGAUUUGGAAUAGGAUAUUCGAAGACGCUAUCGAUGACGUAGAACCAGAAGUCGCUGCGGAUCGUAUUUUUUCAACGGUGGUGCCUCUGGGACAGCGAUUCUACCCUUCAGAGUUCGCAUUCCCCCUUCGUCACGUUGCUUCUCUCCUCGUUCGCUUCGCGUUGGCCAACAAGUCCGUCGUGCUAUUCGGUUGGGCACCACGGAUAUUGGUCCAAUGUGGUGUUCCUCACGCCGAAGUCUGGGAUAUCCUACAUGAAAUGUACGAAUCCCAAAUACCGCCGUUCAACGCGCAAGCCAACGUGCAACACGUUUCCUCUGAUAUUGCGGUGCUCCUGAACGAUUGGCUGGAAGACGUCAAACGUCCACAGUCCUCGGCUGCUCGUGCUGAGUUCCCAGUUUAUCGGAUCGACCAGGCACUGGAUCAGUACCUGUCGGAACUGGAACCCAGCAGGCAAGAGACGAAGAGUUUGUAUGAAGGUGUAAAACGCCAACUGCGGCGAUAUUGGUAGACGGCAUGAUACGUAUGAUGUGCUAUAUGUAGUAUGUGAUACCAUUGAAUGAUUUUGUUGUACAUAGAUUUUAUGUUGUAAUAAGCGGACUUGUCAGCAUCAGGAGCCAAAGGAUGCUGGAUAAAUAUGCGUGAUGUACAAAACACAAGAACGUUGUGAAAUAUUAUUAAAUUCCGAAGUG